UCGGCCGUGGCGCUACUCUGCAAGGCAAAAAAAUUAAAUUUCCGCUUCCUGCAGCGAUAAACAACUAACGCAACUUAAGAAAACAUUAGAAGCGAGUUUCAACGAGCGGAUAUAACAGCAGCGCACCGCGGGCGAAGCAAUCGUCACAAGCGGACCGGUCGAACCACGAUCCUCGCAGACAGAUGAUUGUUGUGCAGUAGGAAAGCUGCGCUUCCAGAGCUCGCCGUUUUAUUUGGGUUUUCUUUUGUUGUUUUUAAACAUAAGGUACCUCCAGUAUGUCGGAGCGGGGAGGGCUCCCGAGGACUGGAAACGUACCGUCUCCGCAGCCCUCCAAACCGGCGGCGAUCACUUCCAAUCGCCCGGUGCACAUGAACCUGUACGCCACCUGGGAAGUGGACCGAUCGUCCCCGAGCUGCGUGCCGAGACUCUUCAACCUGACGCUAAAGAAGCUGGUCAUGCUGAAAGAGCUGGAUAAAGAUUUGACCUCUGUGGUUAUCGCUGUCAAACUCCAGGGCUCAAAGCGAAUCCUUCGUUCCAAUGAGAUCCUGUUGCCAUCGACCGGCCAGAUGGAAACUGACCUGCAGCUCACGUUCUCAUUGCAGUAUCCUCACUUCCUGAAACGGGAUGCCAACAAACUUCAGAUCAUGCUGCAAAGGAGGAAGAGAUACAAGAACAGAACCAUCCUGGGCUACAAGACCCUUGCGUUCGGACUCAUCAACAUGGCAGAGGUGAUGCAACACCCGACGGAGGGUGCUCAGGUUCUUGGUUUGCACAGUCAGCUGAAGGAAGUGUCUGUCCCUGUGGCUGAAAUCAGAGUUUACUCUCUAUCCAGUCAACCCAUUGACCACGAGGGGCCCAAAGCCAAGAUGAAUGAUCGUUCUCCAGACAUUGAUAACUACUCGGAGGAAGAGGAGGAGAGCUAUUCUUCUGAACAAGAGGGCAGUGACGACCCCGUCCAUCAUUAUCUAGAUGAUGAAGAGGAUGAGGUGAGGAAGAAGAAACCCAGACGCAAACUCACCUCCAAUGCAUCCAUCACCAGACAACCCAACAUCAAGCAGAAGUUUGUGGCGUUGUUGAAGAGGUUUAAAGUGUCAGAUGAGGUGGGAUUUGGUUUAGAGCAUGUGUCCCGAGAGCAGAUUCAGGAAGUGGAGGAGGAUCUGGAUGAACUCUAUGACAGUUUGGAGAUGUACAACCCCAGCGACAGCGGACCAGAGAUGGAGGAAACCGACAGCAUCCUCAGCACUCCAAAACCCAAACUCAGACCAUUCUUUGAGGGAAUGUCUCAGUCGAGCUCUCAGACAGAAAUCGGCAGCUUGAACAGUAAAGGAAGUCUGAGCAGAGACCCCUUCUGCCCUCAGGGGGAGCAGCCACCAUCAGAUAAACUCAAACACUCUCGAAGCCGCAACCUGGAGGAGCCGCUGUCUGAGACAGACACACUGGAGCUGAAUGAUCAGGAGUUGUUUAGUGAAGUUGGUCCCAGUAUAAUGGUGUCUGUGGCUGAGAAACCCCGAACACCGUUAAAAACAAGCAAGAGUGAGAUCCAGUCCAUGCCAUCCCCCAGGUUGGAUGGAGGACUCACACCCAGGAAGCGCAACACUCCUGUGAAGGAUCGACAGCUCUCUAAACCGCUGAGUGAACGAACCAAUAGCUCAGAUAGUGAAAGAUCACCUGAGCUUGCCCACAGCACACAGGUGCUCAGGAAGGCUGUAUAUGAUCAGUUGAAUCAGAUUUUGUUAUCUGACUUGGCUCUUCCUGAAAGUCUGAUUCUGAUCAAUGGCACAGACUGGCAAGGACAGUAUGUUGCAGAGCAGUUGCAGGUCCAGAAGCAUUCUGUGGUGUGCACGUGUUCUGGUGCAGAGAUUCAGGCCGUUCUGUCCGCUCUGCUUACACGUAUACAGAAAUUUUGUAACUGUAACUCGUCCAUGCCGCGGCCGGUGAAGGUGGCGGUAGUUGGGGGUCAAAGUUAUCUGGGCUCUGUGCUGCAGUUUUUCGUCACUCAAUUGGCCAAUAAGACGUCCGAUUGGCUCAAUCACAUUCGCUUCCUGAUCGUGCCUCUAGGUUCUCAUCCUGUUGCUAAGCACCUGGGUGCCCUUGACAACCGCUACAGCGCAGCCUUCCUUGAUGGAGCAUGGAGAGACCUGUUUAACCGAUCAGAGCCACCACAGACAGAUUUGGUGGAUGUAGCGGGUCGUAUCGCUCUGUACAUCAGUGGAGCCGUUCUCACUCACCAGCUGCCCAUCGCUGAGGCCAUGCUCACCUGCAAACACAGAACGAGGGAUGAGGAUUCCUAUCAGAAGUUCGUCCCUUUUAUUGGGGUGGUGAAAGUGGGAUUGAUUGAGCCUGGGCAAUCAUCAGCAGGGGACAUGGAUGAGGGUGUGGCUGUGAGUUUGGCCGUCCCCUCCACAUCUCCACCCUCUCAUGGAUCACCUGCCAGUCUGAAAGAGACGGCCACACCCCCUUCCUCGCCAUCAAUGGGUGGAGGUUUGGUCGUACAGGGGAGUCCCAGUAUGUCUCACGGCGUGGAUGCCAUUGGACUGCAGGUGGAUUACUGGCUGGCAUCUCUGGCUGAGAAGCGUCGAGAGGGAGAGAGGAGAGAUAUGGGCUGUAAGAACACUCUAAAGAGCGCAUUCUGGUCCCUGCAGGUCAGCCGGCUGACAGGAGGGGGAGUCAGCGACCCGCAAGCUCCCGUCAACACUAUGGCCAUGACAGUGGUCACCAAAGAGAAGAACAAGAAAGUUCCAACAAUUUUCCUGGGGAAGAAACCUAAAGAACGUGAGAUGGACUCUAAAAGUCAGGUCAUUGAGGGCAUCAGCCGGCUCAUCUGCUCAGCCAAACAGCAGCAGACUAUUCUGAAAGUUACCAUUGAUGGAGGAGAGUGGAACGACGUGAAGUUCUUCCAGUUAGCAGCUCAAUGGCCGACUCAUGUCAAAUAUCUCCCAGUUGGAUUGUUUGGCUACAGCAAACCACCCUCCUAGGACAGCCCAUAUUCAAAACCCCGCCUUCAGCCCGCAACCUACACCCUAUUGCACACCGCCCCUGCCUCUCAGAAUGCCGGCCAAUUGUAGUUGUGAGACAGGACUCUCCUAUAUAGGUGUCUCUGGUGGGUGGAUAGGUGUAGUUGUAGAAGUUUGAUUUGGCGGGUUUGGUAGACUUUUAUCAGCACUUUUAUCACUUUUAUUUAUCAAAAGGUCCCAGAGCCACAUGUGGGGGCCAAGCACAAAAUUUGAAUACAUCACCUGUCAACCAUCAACCUGAUCACUAUUGAACGGCAUGACAAGGCAUACAUCCCUUAAAAAUAUAACCCCUGACCUCACUGAUACAACAAUGGAUGGCUUUCAUUAUUGACCUCAGUGUUAAAAUUGAAGUAUUUCCAUCAAAUGCCGUUUAAACCAUUAAAAAUGUUCCAUGGUAACCACAGUUUCCACCAAAAUACCGUAGUUACUAUAGUUAUUGUUAGUACUGUAAAAUCAGAACAUAUGGUAAUAUGGCCAUCUUCCCCCUAGUUGACAAAACUCGGAAAUGCAUCGUUAACCUCUAGCUUGCAUGACUUAAAUUACACCCAUAACAGGACCCACUUUCUAUUAGGUAUCUUUAACUGCUGUACUUACAUAAGCAUUUGAUACAAUGUACUUAUUAUGUACAUAGGUGUUGUUGCAUUGUACUUGCAUUUAAACCUGCAUUUAAUUUCAUCUGUAGUUACACUGUUAACCUAACCCCUUAACCCAACUCUACCCUAACCACUACUCCUAAACCCACCAUACCUCAAACUCAAUAGCAGCAAAUGUACAUUUUGUGAACAUUUUGAAGAAUAUGUAGUUACACAAUAAAUACAUUGUACUGUAUGCGUUUUAAAGUUAGUACAUAGUAUUUGAAGACACCUAAUAUAAAGUGGGAUCAAAAUUAUUUUAAUAUUGGUUCCGUGUUGCACUUUAUGUACUUGUGCAUGUGCUGAGCUGUGCUAACUGAGCUGCUGUAGCCUGCAAAUUGCUUUUCCCUCAGUAUACAGAAGGUUGGGGUCUGUGACAUAACAAAUAGUGGUUCACAGUGACACAGUGGUUAAUCCAAAUAACUAGAAUAAUUUUAAGUAGUUUUAUAUUAUUUUGUACACAGAUUAUGCUUUUAUGUGUCGGAAGAUCUGAUGAUCAUUUAGUUCUACUUUCAAAAGUGACCUUUUUAGCUUAAAUAUGUAGCUCAUUUAUUUAUUUAUUUCCAUAAACCAUAUCUCCAAAGAUCACUCUUGCCAAUCAGAAUGUAAACAUUAUAGGAAAUUGAUAGGAGGGGGAAGAGAGCUCAAGGGAAUGAUGUCAUCGAUUAGCAAAAGGGCUGGACUAGGUUGGACAUGAAAAUGUUAAAAAUAAGUUGUGGCGUAGUCAGCAGAAUUGAGGAAAAUGUUGUAUUGUUAAUUUUGUGUUCUUAUAUGAAUCUUCACAGCUGUGAACAGGUUUGGGGAGAUCUUCAGAAGGGAAACCUUGGCUAGAUGCUAUGCACUUCAACUCAACUUUACUCUUACACAUCUUCGUCCAAAGCACAAUGUUUUUGCCAACUAGAUCCUCACACGGAAUGCCCCGUUAAAACAAGCAUGGGAUCAGACCCUCACUUACGAUUAGUACCUACCUUUAAAGUUACGAGCUAAACAGCAAAACUGAUCUUGGAUCAGUCAUUUUAGAGCUACAAGCUCCCUUUAUUUGCUAGUUGUUACAAUACAGUUAAAGGCAGCUUUUAAGAAAGUAACUUUGUUCUAUUUUGUCUAAAAUGUUUGUUAGAUAAUCUUGUGUGUUAGGUAUGCAUCUAACAAGACAAUAUUGUUUGCGAUGUGGUUUUAAAAUUAUAACAAAACAAAAAAACAUUAUCUCUGAAACAAUGUUGUGCCACAGUUAGAGUGAUACAAGUAUGUUGUGUGACUGUUGUUGUUGUUUUUUUUGUGUGUGUGUGUGUGUGUGUGUGUGUGUGUGUGUGUUUUAUAAUAGUGUUCACUGGUAAGGUUAGUCUGUGGUGUAAACUAAAACAUUCUUCAAUUCAGUCACAACACAAGAUUCAGCAUUUUUUCGCCCAGCAGACUUCUAAUAAUUUAAACUUGAACUGCUAAUGAAUAUACCAUUAUUGUUACAUAAUAAUUAAUUUGUCAAUUUCACAAUAUCAUUAUUAAUUCACUUUCAGUGAAUCUUACAAAACCUGUCAAAAACAUGCCCGGGUCCUAGUUCACCACAAAAUCAAGAAAGAAAAUUAAAUUUAGUACAUUUGAAAAUAUUUGUACAUCAUGGUAGUAUUUGCUGGCUUUAAUUUAUGCUUAUUUAUAAAUGUAAAAAUUGAUGUAUUUUAGUGAUUUUUUCCCCCCUGUAAUUACAGUAAAAAAAAUUAUAUACAGUAAAAAUGACUGUAGUACACUAAUAAAUAAUUGGAAUAAUGGGAAUUACUGAAAAACAUAAAAGUAAAAAGUCUGGACACAUGAUGGUCGUGAGAAUAAUGACACAAUGCAAAAAAUCUUAAUCUUAAGAAUAGGCUUUAUAUAUAUAUAUAUAUAUAUAUAUAUAUAUAUAUAUAUAUAUAUAUAUAUAUAUAUAUAUAUAUAUAAAUAACUUUUUUAAAUGUGACCCCCGGACAUGUUUUUAAGAGAUUCAUCAAAAUCUUUCUUUUGGGUAACUUUUCAUAUUUUUCAUGUCUCUUUUCUUAAUAAGAGUAUCCAUUUGUAACAAAAAGUAUUACAAACAACUAAGUAUUAAAGUAAAGGGAACUGUUGCGCUUAAAACUUGUUUCUUUAGAUGCAUGGAGACAAAAAAAAAAAGAAAUGUAUUUAAAAAAAAUCACAAAAGUUCCUGUCUGCACACUGAAUGACAAUCAGACUGGAAAAGAUCUCAUAUAUAUAUAUAUAUAUAUAUAUAUAUAUAUAUAUAUAUAUAUAUAUAUUAAACUUGCAUAGUGGAAGAAGUGCAGUGAAUUAAAAACUAGACUUUCUUUCUUGAACAACUAAGUAUUAAAAUACAAAUGGAUCAAUUAGAUUUAUUCCUUUAACCUGCUCCUUAGAUGUUUAGCAAUAGUUUUAAGCUUUUGUUGUUUUUUGAAGUGUUUUUCCUUUUGUGUAUAUUAAAUGCAGCUCUCCUACAGUAUUUCUACCCAUAUUCUCAGAGAAGAUUGAAGAAAUCUUCAAAAUGAUGUUUCCCUGGCAUUUAAAAAACAAAAAUGUAUUUAGAUCGUUAUGGGCUGAACUUUAUUCUAAAUUAAUUAAAUAAAAAUGUAUGUAAUGCUGUUACAUUUGCUGUUUGUGUUUUAAACUUCUAUGAUGGGCAAGCAAAAAUCUGCAGUAACCUUUAUACAAGCUUUUUGAGGUAAAGCACACAUUGUUUAAACCUUAAAUGUUAACUAUUUUGGGGUGCAGGUUUAAAUUUGAUGUGGAUACGUGUUUCUUGAAAGGAAAUAAGGAGAGGCACCAAAAAAAAGCUGUUGCAUUCUGUUUUUGUUAUUGUGUGUGUGUGUGUAUGUGUGUGUGUGUGUAGGGGGAAAAUUAGAUUUUCAGUAUUUUUGGAGCAGUCUGGAAGUAACACAUUUUUCAGAAUGUUCAUUUCAAUAUGAAAAGAAAACGCAUGGACUACAAAAUACCCAUUCCUUCAUCUGAACAUGGACUGUCUCUUAAUCCGUGUGCUGUUUGGAGUCUGGUCUUUGCCUGGCUGUACGUGUACCUCUGUACUGUAUGUACUUGUGUGUUGAUUGUAAUGUGACAUUUUUUUCAGAAACCAUGAAGUGGAUUUGAGCAUAAUUAUAUGAACAGCCAAUCAGAAUGGUCUUUUCCACUUCAUCAAAUACUUCUUGUCAGUCUAUCUUGAUCUGUUCGAGAGCUAAUAUACCUGAAUUCCACAAGCUUCGGAUUCAAACAGCCGAUUUGGCCAAAGUUAGCCAAUGUAAAAAUAAUACCCCAUAAUAUUUAGAUGAGGACAAAGCCAAGCUUGUGGAUGAGAGAAGUAUUUUUGCACAUGCAUUUAUUAUCUUUUAGCAGUUUUCAGCUGUUUGCCUUUUUGCCUCUUGACAAUAAUGCUUGUACAUAUCCAAAGUGCUUGUAAUGAGAACUUAUGUUCCUUUAUUGUUUUUUUAUUAUUAUUUGACAUGUUUUUUAGUACUGCUUUUUCAUAAUUCAGUUGUCAAUCAAUAGAUGUGGUAUAUGGACAUUGGAAGUGUUACUUGUAUUCUUUUUUUAUUUAAUAAACACACCUGAUUUGUAUAUUC